AUGUGGACACUGCUUUUCGUGUUGCUGCUGGUAGUUGCUACCGCCUUCAUUGCUUAUGGUGACGUACUUUUAACGAAGCUGGUGCGCCAUUAUGGGGCUUUGGCCGUGGGCUCCAAAUUUACAAUCACCUGGUCUCUUCGUAACGGUUCGCUAGAGCUGCGCGACCUAGUGGUGGAUAAGCAGGUACUUCCCAACUUAGAGGCGCUGGCAGGACUUCCUAUCGGACUCGAGCGCCUGGAGAUACAGCAAUUGCUGCUAGUCAUGCCGCUCUGGGGGCAUCUGGUAGGUCUUGUGAGCGGUCCGUCUGGUGAUCUGAAACGCCCACGACUAGCUUCUAAGGUAGUAGUGGGAGGUAUUCGAAUUUGCCUGACUCUUGACGCUGCGGAGAAAUGGAUGUGGCAACGCGAUGAAAACGUGGCGCGCCGCAAGGAGGCGUUGAAGCAAGCGGCCACGGCGCGGGUGGAACGCGUCAACACCUGGACAGCAACAGUGGUGAAGAAACUAAAUGACGUUGCAGCGCUACGUAAGGAGAUCGACGAGGAAGAGAAGCCGAAAGGUGAGACGACUGGAGACAAGACACCGCUCAUGCCUGUGUUCUGGCACAGAUGGGUUGACGAGCUGCUGGACUCGUUCGAGAUUGUGCUGCACUUGUUUACGCUUUCGAUCCGUGACGAGUACUCGGGAGCUUUUGUGGGCAUUGCACUCGAUCAAUUCGAGAUGAAUUGUAGUGGUCCUUGUGGAGACAACCGACGCAAACGUUUAAUGCGACUGGUAAACUACAAAAUGUUUCUGAACUCGAAACCUGGUAACAGUGCGGAUGUCUGCCACCUGAUCACUCCGCUUACCAUGGAGAUCGGCGUUUUCAUGCCCUUUAUCUUCCAGUCGCUUAUUAUGGGACGGGGCACAAGCAUUCCUGCACUAGAGCUAGAAAUCUCGUUCGCAAAUGGACAGGAGUUAGAGAUUGAGGUACGUCCCGCACAGGCUGGAAUGCUCUUAAAGUUGCUGCAGCCAAUCAAUUAUUACUAUGAUUGGCAAACGGCGGCGUCCAUUGAAGAUGACCUCGCCUGCGUGCAGCUGACUCCAACGGAGUCCAAAGAGUAUAUGACGUUGUUUAAUCAACAGUGGAAGCUAGACGAAGAGACUAGCUUUUUAUUCCGGCUGUACGAGGGAUACAAGCACAAGGAGGCUAUUUCCAACCGAAAGGCUCGCUUGGACGAGAUGGAACAGAAAGUGCUCGCUUCCCGUCUCCUCUAUCUGCGUUCGAUGGUGCUUGGCUUGGAUGUUCCGAAUGCAGGAACGCCGCUGCCGCUCGUAAGUGAAGAAGAGGUGAAAAGAGGAAAUUUGCGCAAGUUUGUGGAUAAUCCUAUUGAUCACUACGUGGAUAAGAACAAAAUACGAGAGACACCGCCGAUGUUCUCCUUCUUCCGGAUAUCGUUCAAGAUGAAAAAAAUGAAUUUGUGUAUGAUUGAGGACAAUGAGAAAAAGCUGAUGACAUUAUUCGUGCACGAAAUGGGCUUUGAACUGCACUAUCGGAUGACAAUGGUUGCUAAAAAGGACUUGGCCGUCAAAAUUGCGCUGGAUGUCAAGCGUUUUGGACUGCUGGACAAUCGUAAUGCUCCAACUAAUGCGUUCCAUCAGAUCAUGGACCGCAAUCCUGGAGCCGACAAUAUGAUGUCAAUUGCUAUCACACAGCAGGGAGACGGCUACAUGAAUCUUGGAGUGAUCUUCAAGCACUUCUCAUUAUUAAUUCUCUUUGAUCCGCUGCUGUAUGUUAUGCAACAAUUCUUGCUUGCUAUUGGCGAAGAUGAAAACGAACAGUUGCGGUUCGUUGCAUAUGAGAUGGCAGACAGUUUAGACUCUCCAGAGCAGCGAGAUGCUGCAAAGGUCAUCUACGUGGAAGAUCUGCCAAAGCCUUAUUCACCUUUGUUGCUCGGCGGCAUGUCGCUUGGUUGCAGCAUUGUCUUAGAGGGCUGUGAGUUUUGUCUCAUUGGAGAUUCUAAGACUUUAAAGUCCCCCGUUUUGGCUUUCACUUCGGAUAUCAAGCUCCGAGUCUUGAGUUCCGAGCGCUCGGAAGCCGUGGAGCUGGAGCUGGUUGACGUAGCUCUGACUCCGUGUACAAUCAUCUUGCGCGACAAUGGUAUUGAUCUUGAAAUUGGAAACGUACGAACCAUUCUGGAGCUUGAAGGUGCAGGUGUCGAUUUGUCAAUGGGGUACAGACUUUCAGUAGGCGACUUACCUCAAAACUCGUCAAUUAGUGAUAAAACGUCGGAUGGUACAGGAAAGUCUGCAGCAAACUUGUGGAAAGUUGCUCGAAAAGCUGCCGCUAAGCAACAAAUUGUUGAGGUUGACCACCCUGAGGCUAAAGAGAUUGAAGGACGAAUGUUGUCCCAGCACCGUAGGAAUCGCGUGAAAGCUGGCGGACGCCGUAAGCUUAUGAUGCAAAUGUCGGACUUUGCGAUGAAUCUCUCCGCGAAUGAUUUGGGUGUAUUGCUUAGUAUCUUAGCAUCACUGAAUGAAUCCAUGCAUGAGGAUAUUGAAGUCAUAAGAAAGCGCGAGGAGCGUGAAGCUCGAAUGAAGCAAGCGAAGCAUGAAAUUGAAGAAAAGCGCUACAUGGAUCGAUUAAAAGCUGAGUUUAAGCUGCGUGAUGUUGAUGGGGGAGGCUCACUUGACGUAGUGGAAAUCAGGGACCUUUUGCGGUGUGCGACAGACUGCAAUAAUCUAACAAAAACGGAGUUCGAUGCGACCGUAGCAGAUUUUGUAAGUAUUGUGGACAGUGACGGCAGCGGCGAUAUCUCAUUGGAAGAGUUUGAGAAAGCCCUGAGUCGAGACACGGUCCUUUACACACGGCUGCAUCACAAUGUAGUUUCCAUCACUGGUCAGGAAUAUGUUGAUCCGGACAUGCAGCGCAACAAGGUGCCGUAUAUUACGGGUGAUAAUGCCAACACUUUAGCUAAUGCAGCAGCACUUGCUUCAUUCUGGGAGCAGUAUGAAGAACAAAUAGGCGCGUCAAACACGUCCCUGUGCGGUCAAAGACCUGUCGUUGUCCAGAAAAAAAUGGUCCGAGUGUUUAAGAAUUAUGAGUAUGCUCAAGAAGCCUGGAUUCGAAUCGUAAAUCCGUCAUUGGUAAAACCUGGUGAGCAGUGCCGUUGGUUGCUGAGCAAAGAGAUGGAGAUGGGUGGUCGCAGAGAUGUGAUUGAUCAGUUAUUGUCCAGUCUAAAGGAUGAUGCCGUUGACCAUACUUCUAAAACCCCUGGUUCUGCUGUUGAGCAGCAUCUUUUUGUGCAGACGGUUGUUUCAACUUCGUUUGGCGGCUUUUACUUGCGCUUGAUUGACGAAAUGCUACCGAUGGAACUUCCGGCAAUUGAGACAUCGCUGGAGGAACUAGGGAUUUACGCAAAUUUCUCGAUUUGGGAAGGCGGAUCGAUAACGGCUACCGAUUUCGAAGCGCAAAAGCGGUACACAAACAGCUUUGGAGUUGCAAAAAUUAGUUUUGACGUAUAUGGUAACUACUACAACACGAAGGCGCGUCAAAUUGAACCAUUUAUCGAGUUUUACCAAGGCAUUCUGGAUAUUAAGAAAGAGCCCAGAUCCCCGUUAGAAGUAAUUUACUCGUCAGACCGCUAUUUCCAAUUAAAUGUCACAUCAGCGUUUAUGGAAGCGGUGAAUUCGAACGUGGCAGCGUUUUCCAAUGUUGAGCAUCGCGCGGAAGCUGAGCGUCCUCAUAUUAAAGAACUUGGUGGCAUCUUUUGGAUGCUGAAUGAAAGCGGCGUGAACAUCAAGUACUAUGUGGUCACGAAAAAGCGAUCAGAGGAGCGUGCGCGGGAAGAAGUUGUGACUGCAGUGACUGCAGUCUCUACCGGCGAAGCGCAUGCUUGUAUGCUGCUGAAUAAUAAUGAAGCCGAAGAGUUCGAGCAAGAAAGUUUGAAGGAAAAACAGCUGCGGCAAGCUUUUCGAGACGCUGAUCAGGAUGGAAGUGGCGAGUUGGACACUGAAGAAGUGCGCGCAGUCCUUCGGAGCGUGUAUGAAGAGGAAGACAAGCAACGAAAGUCAUCAGGCACGCGGAACUCGUCUACAUACAAGCGUAGCAGCAGCGUACUAGAGAAUGAUACUGAUUUUUCCCGGGCCGUGGAUGACUUUAUCGCACUGGCAGACACUGACAAGUCCGGACAAGUGUCGUGGGAAGAAUUUAAAUAUGCGAUUACAAAGUCGCGGGCUACGGUUGAUCGGUAUAUUUCAGUGGAAAUUGAAGGGUACCGAACGAUUCACGGUGUACGAUUAAUGGCAAUAGGCCAAACUCAAGUCUAUGAGCUGACUCCCUUUUUUGAAGAUGUGGAAUCAGAGACGUCUAUAGCAGAACUCUAUGACCGUGGCGUGGCUUUGCUAACUAAGAUAGAGAAACCAACGCGCCAAGAGCUACAGAAGGCAUACGCUUGCUUGCAUCGCGUGAAAGAGAUCGACCCAAACUACGAGUGGAUUGAUUCUUACUAUGGCGACUGUGUGCGGCAGUACCUCCCUGUGCUGGCCGCUCUUUACAUAUCUGUUGAUGGAUUUUACGGCCUGCAAGUGAAGGUUUCUGGAGCAGAAUAUGUUCGCAAUGGAACUGCGAAGGAUACGGAACUGUUGAUGUAUGACGAAGAGGGACAGAUUGCCCGCUGUAAUCCAAAUCAGCACAAUGGGGAUGAGCGUUAUUUUUUAUUGCCGGCUCUCAGUACAAUCAGCAUUCCCUUAGACUUAGUUGGCGCUGGUUCUUUUGCUAUUCGUCAAAUUGGAGAGACUGAAUGGAGCAGCACGCUCCAUCUAUCUGUCGCAGACCAACGGAUGUACAAGCGGAUGACGAGAUUUGAGCAGCUUGAGGCCCAGAAAGCCCUGCGUGGAGAAGAUAAUAGCUCAGUUUCUUCUGCAAAACGCGUAAAAGAGAAGCUUGGUACAAACGCUGCUCUCCCCGACACGAAUGAGAUUGCACCUACUGGUAAAGAAGUUGUGUAUCCUUCAUCGAGCUGUAUCGAUAAUCAGCCUACCGUUGUGGUCGAGAAGAUUUCUGCCAACGACGCCAAGCUAGGUACCUGGUCAUUGACAAUCCAGCCACAGUUAGUGCUCCACAACGUUCUUCCGUGUGGUGUCGAAUACGCCAUUGUUCAGCCUGAUGAUUGCCCACCUGAUACCCUUACUAGUAAGGGGGAGUUUCGUGUUGUGGACAACAUCGGUAAGGACAAAAAGUCUCGAGCUGUAAAAACACUUGGUCAGAUCGACUACUUCAACUAUGUUAAUGAAGUGAACAGCCGUAAAAUGUACGUUGAAAGUGGAAAGACUAUUCAAGUCUUCGGUUUGAACCUGAGAAAACCCGCCUUGAUGAUAAUGCGCCUUUGCGCAAGCGAGACGAUCCAGGCUCCGACGUGGAGUGCGCCGUUCUUAGUGCACCUCGAAGAGUCUCGCGAAUUUUUUAACGCAGACGCGUUUGAGUUGCUAUUUGAUAACGGCCCAAGUUUUGUUUUCCACCCUCAAUGGGAGGAAAAUGCUGCGCGCACUAUAUUCUUUUACUCGCCAUUCUGGAUCCAAAACCGAAGUGGUUUGGACUUACGUUUGAAGUUGUCUCGUGGCCGAGUUUGCACAAUUGAGGAACAUCGUGCGUUCUUUCCUGGCGCCAAAGAAAUUCCGCUUUUAGCUACUGCUCCGCUAGACAAAGCUUUCGUUAGCUUCCGUCCUUUCCAAGAAACACCAUACAUCUACGAAGAUGAAUCAUUAGUAUCUGGAAAGACAAAAAAAUACUUGCCGGACUUUAACAAGUUGGGGUGGUCGGAGCUCGUAGAUAUGACGACUGUAAGCAAGAAAGGAGAGUUGCGUCCAAGUGGAGCAGGAAACUGCUCAUUUGUGCUUGCAUUUGAAAUUCGCGCUGCGCCAGCACAAUUCUUUCGAUCGAAAGUUUUUGUGAUUUCCCCACGCUAUGUGUUCCUGAAUCACGUUCCGAGGCCAUUGCAGCUUACUCCAAUUUUACUUGACAAGAAAGGAAACCGCGGAAGAAGCCGUUCAGACCAAUCAAACUGCACAUUACGAGUAGGUGAGGCAGCUGUGGUGUAUCGCCUGAGAGGCCCCGAAAAGUACGUUGCAGGUUUUCGUGUUCGUGAUAUGGCUACCGACCACCAAGAUGUGGGUGAGUGGAGUCCGAACAUGCCACUGUUUAAGCUAGACUCCAAAUUGAGUGAUCCGAAUGUGGCAUCCAAUCGGUCGGAGGAGGCAGUAUUCUGGACACGUGGCAGCUUGGGCGAUGGACCUGUCUGCAGCGUGGGUGUACAGGAUGUAGCCGAGACUAUCUUCAUAACGCUGAAUGAUGUUUCCGCCAACCCGAACUAUCGUAUCGAAAACCGCUCAACCCGCUACUCGUUCCGGUAUGUGCAGCACGGUGUCAAGACUGCCGAAGAAAUCGUUUUGGGCCCUUUGGAGAGCCAUUCAUUCGCGUGGGAGGAUCCAAAAGGAGACUCAAAGCUGCGUGUCACGGCAACGCACUGGAAAGUGUCGACGGUGGUCGACUUUAUGCAGAUUGGUGAGAUGAAGAAUGCACCCCAGGGCCUGUUCGGUGAGGUAUAUAUCGAUCGCUCUACGCGAGUGUUUGCCAUGGGGGACACCAAUGUGUUCUCUGAUGUUCGACAGCGUGCAACUGUAAAUGAAUGGCUCAGCAAUACGGUAAUUGAUGUUUCAAUGCACGGGGUUGGAAUAACGCUGGUGGAUGAGCAACCGCAGGAAAUCUUGAACAUUACCAUGGAAACCAUUCGGUUUGAUUCAAAGGCAGGAUCUCGUCGUGUUUCUUUGUCAGUUCACCAUGUUCAAGUAGACGAUAUGACCCCAAAUUCCGCAUACCCUAUCGUGUUCGCUCCCAAGGAUAGUGGAUAUAAUAGCGAUAUGCGAGAGGGAUGGCUUCCAGUUGACGGCGAACAGCCGUUUUUCGUGCUCAGCUGCGAAACGCUUCCGCAAAAUGGCAUCGUUAUUGUCAACGACUUUGACUUGCAGAUUGGGUCAAUGGCGGUCAAAUUGAAUCUGGAGUACUUGCUUGGGCUAAGCAACCUUCUAUUCCAAUUUAUUCCGGGGAGCGAUGAAGCUACGAUUCUACAGCAAGGCGUUGAAGCCAAAAAUGAGAUGCUUGUGCUGAAAAUUUCGUUCCCGGAUGGCUCCGUAUCCGCUGGUAUGCUAAUGUAUUUCAGACGCUGGCACAUGAGUAAUUAUGACUUCGACUUGGUGUUUGAUUCGCUGCAAGAAGACAAAGGCGAAGGCAUUUCUGCAAUUUUAGGCAAUACCAUGGGUAGUAUUGUUGGCGGGAUUGCACACGUGACGCCUGAGUUCCACUUCGGCGAGAUUGUCUACCACAACCGUUUCUUCAACGAGUAUGACUUGAUUUAUGAUGUUGUGCUGAAAAUUGUAUACUCGGUUAUUGGUCAGUGGUACAAAAUUGUUGGUAGUGUGGAGAUGUUGGGUGAUCCGGUUGGCCUCGCCACAGAUAUUGUGAAUGGUUUUGCGCUAGCAGCGCGUCAACUUAAGCGCGAUGUCAGGGGAAGGAGUCGUCGGAAGGGCCAAAGUGUCGUGACUGUUGUCCAAACUGUAUUUGGUGUACCCCUGAGGUCCAUCGGAAAAGUGUCAAACGGCCUUGGUGAUGUGGUUAAGAAGGUCACGCAUUUUGAGAGCCAAGAAGACUCGAAUGAACCACGGCAUAUUCCUGAAGGUUUUGUGCAGAGUGGCAAGGUGUUCGGAAAAAGCAUCGCGUUUGGUGUGAAGGGCUUUGUCAAGGAGCCAGUCCGUGGUGCCAAGCGCGGAGGUGUCAAGGGAUUUGCGAAAGGUGUUGGUCGUGGAACGAUGCAACUUGUUGCAUGUCCUGUUGUCGGCACGCUUGGCGUGGUCGAAAAGAUGUCGCAGUCUUUGAGCAAUACCACGCACCUGAUGGAAGAAAAACGUUUUGAGGGUACACGUCGGCCGGCGAGAAAUCUCAUGACAGGAUCACUGAAGCAACUUUCCGACUCGAAUGUGAUUACUGAAGUGGAGGUGCACUGUUUGUACGUUGACGGGUUACCUGCUAACGUGAACCCGAAGGUGGUGGUUCGCGUCUAUUCCCAGACGAAUGGCUUUCCGGCGAAGGAGCUCGGUGUUUACAAAUCAUCUACAGCGCGGCACACUGACACCCCCAAGUAUGAUCAAUCGUGGCUGAUAAGUGUUUCGUCUCUUGACACUUACAUCGAGGUAAAUGUAUACCAUAAGCGGAAGCCGCUGCCCGAGAAACGUCUUGGUUUCGUUCGUUUAUCGUUGGAGGACAUUUAUCGUGAUUUCGAGGCAAUUCCCGCGAAGAUUUUGGCAGAUACAAAUGCCAAAAUGCAGCUCAAACGCCGCAAGCGUGUUCGCGGAAGUAUCAUCAGCAAGCUGGCUGCAGCCAGCAAUCGACCGAUGGAAGUGCGUGACGACUCAUGGCGCCAUCAGAUUAACCGUCCGCCAAAGUCGGGUAGCAGCAUUUUGUCAGAGGACGAGAACGAAGGGUUUGCAGACUAUGACCAAGAGGUGAGCGUACUAAGUAAAAGCUCGAUUUGCCUCGAUGGCACUUUUCCACCUUCGCCGGUUGGCAUAACGCUUCAGGAAUGCGAGUCGGAAGCGAAGAUUUAUCUUAGCAUUCGUUAUGUGAACGACAUGCGGCGAUACACAUUGCCUUAUGUACGCACGGCUUCGGAGAUUCAGGAGAUGAAGUUCUGGCGCGCGCCUGUGCAUGAAAGCCACCGCAUUGUGGACCCCGUCAAGCGCGCCAAGAAUCACACGUCGCGUCUCAUUAACAUGCAACUGAGUAAACUCUCAAGUAUCACGCGUCAGGUCUCGAUGGACUUUCCAGCACUCAAGCGCAUGCAUCCGUUUGAGCAGGAAGUAGUGGUGCUUACAAUCGGCAAGCGGACUUACGAAAAUUACCUUCAAAUGCUGCGAAGAGUAUACGCAAUGCUGCACAAUACGGGCAAGCUGUACGAGCGCGAGUGUCAGGUGCUACGCACCAAGCAAGAGGCUGUUGACUGCGGACUACAGUGCAUUGAGGAGCUUAAAAAAAUUGUUGACGACAAUGCGGAGACGCUGCGAGAGGCUGCGAACAUGGUCAAGAUGCUUCGUGGCCUUCCUCAUGUGGACCUAGACAAACCCAUUUUUUCCUUCGUCGGAGCCCCCAACGUUGGAAAAUCCUCACUAGUGCGCGCUUUGUCGACGGCUUCUCCAGAGGUGGCGAAUUAUCCGUUUACUACACGCGGUAUUACAAUGGGUCACAUUUUUGUCGACGGCAUUUCGUACCAGAUUGCCGACACCCCCGGAUUAAUUUUCCGACCGGACGAACGACGAAAUGCGAUUGAAAAGCUGGCAAUCGCAAUAGUGGAGAAGACGCAAGCUUCGAUCGGCUUUGUGUUCGAUCCAUCAAGCUCUUCCGGUACAUCAGCAGUCGACCAGAUUCUGCUUCGUGACGAACUUCGACAGCGUGUCAUGGCAGCUCGUCCUGAGCACAAGUGGAUUGACAUCAUUUCGAAGAUUGACCAACCGUCGAGUGGUCUGCCAUUGCUGAAGGAGAGGUUGGGGCCGUCGCCGCACUUUUGUGUCUCGGCCCAGACGAACGAGUGUCUUGUAGAGCUUGGAGAUGAGAUUCGUCGAGUCCUUACGCAGUCGGCUUCCGAAGACGGUUUCUUGGAGUAG